AUGCCAAGUCCGCGCGCUGCACACUUUGGGCGGCCGGGCUCACUGAGCAUGCUCGGCGGGGCGGGCCCGGGGUCCGGAAGCGUCCUCUACUCCACAGCACUCGCCUCUCGAGAGUCCCACGUUCGGAUGGCGAUGGGCCUGGCGGGCGCCCGGUGGCUGCUGGCAGGAGGCUUCCUGCUCGCAGCCCUGGCGCUACUUGUGGACGCAGGUCCCCCCUGGAACCCCCCGGAUGCGCUGCCAGUCCCGGGGACCUCCACACUUCCCGGAGUCUUGGAUGGUCCGGGGGACCCUCUGCCGCCGAAAGGAGCGAGGUCUAGGCGGAGCGCGCAGGUGGGCCCGGGGUUGCGGGCAGAGCAAGCGGGCAAGGCCUUCUCGUGGUGCGACCCGCUUUUCUGUGAUGGACCAUCUCUUACGGUGCAGUGGCAUGACCACAUCUCCAGAGCGGUCCAUGGUACUCCUGAGGAUGGAGUCACUUUUCAGAAGUGUGCCGUGGUGUCCGGCGAGAGUGACCCCCACACAGCCCAGGUGUGGCUGACAGUGAACACCACCAGGUCGCCCUCGACCACCAACCUGUCUGACCUGGUGGUGCUGGACAACAUCACGGGCCUUGUCGUCAGGAACUCCGCUGGAAACAGGACGUUGGAGGGAGUCCAGACCUUCAGGAGGACAUUUCUACAAGCCGGAGACACCUUUGCGGUUAGCUACACAGCCUCGCUGGUGGCCGGAGGAGUCCAGGCCCAGGAGCCCCUGCUGUUGCCAGCCCAGCUCACGUUUCAGAGUUCGCCACAGAACAGGACACGGCUGAGAGCCCUCCUCACCGUCACAGCGGAAGAAGAGGUCACGGUCGUGCCGGACCACGGUCUCCACGCAGCAGGGUUUUUCGCUGCGUUCGUGGGCUCCCUCAUCCUGAGCUGGCUCCUGCUGUUCUUCAUGCUUCGAUCUCAGUGUUUCCAGGAAAACUUGCUGAGGAGCCGGCAGGUGCAGCGCCAUGAGAGUAAGCUGGAACACUCCCAGUUCGUCUUGGCUGAUAACACCGAAGAGUAUCUUGCUCUCAAUGACCAGAUCGUGGACAUCCUGUCUUCUGAUGAACCCGAGAACAUGCUGCAAACCUUGGAAGACCUGGAGACCGCCACCCUGAACCAGGCUGACUUGGAUCUGGAGGCGUGUCGGACCCAGAUCACCAAGAACAUCAUGGCCCUUCUCCUGAAAAACCUGGCCAGCAGUGGCCACCUGGCCCCCCAGGUGGAGAGGAGGAUGGCCGCCGCCUUUAAAAAGCAGUUUCUGUUGCUGGAAAAUGAAAUACAGGAUGAGCAUGACCGCAAGAUGGUGGCAUUGACGGCCGAAUGUGACCUGGAAACGCGGAGGAAGACAGAGAGCCAGUACCAGCGGGAGAUGGUGGUCACGGAGGAGGUGGAGGAGCUGCUGAAGCGAGCGAGCGAGAAGCUGGCGGCCGAGUGCAGUAACCUCCUGCGGAUGGUGCAGAGCCUGGAGCAGGAGCACCUGCGGAGAGGGCUGGUGCUGCAGCAGGAGGAAGACUUGGCCAAGGCGCGCAGGCAGCUGGCCGUCCUCCAGCGGAGCGAGCUGCACAGGAUCUUCUACACCCAGAUCAAAAGCGCGCUGCUCAGAGGCGAGCUGAAGCCCGACGUGGCUCAGACGCUGCUGCAGUGCUAUUCUGAGAUGCAGGACCGUGUGGAAGAGAUGAUGGACUUUUGCCAGGCCGUGAAGCGGUUUCACCUGAGGAAGAGUUUCGGCCACAGGGUGUAUCUGGUCCAGAGGAUGCAGUCGGCGGAGGUGCGCGUCCAGGGCCUCCUGAGCAUGGCCGCGUCCCAGCUGACCCGCCUCAUCCAGAAGCACGAGAGAGCCGGGUACCUGGAUGAAGACCAGAUGGAGGUGUUACUGGCGCGCGCGCAGACGGAGGUCUUUUCAGUGAAGCAGAAGCUAGACAACCACUUAAAGCAGGAGAAGAAAAGGCUCCGUCAGAAACUGAUAACUAAGAGAAGACGAGAAAUACAGCAAAAGCACAAGGAGCAGCGGCGGGAGCAGCUGGCCGUCGGGGAGGCCUUCCGAGCCUCAGAGGACGUGGGUCAGUACCUAGGCCAGUGGCGGAGCGUGAUGGCUGAGCACAGUGCGGCCCUGGAGGAGCUGCAGGAGCGGCUGGACCAGGCCGCCCUGGACGACCUCCGGGCGCUGACCCUCGCGCUGACCGAGAAAGCCACGGAGGAGCUGCGGCGCCUGCAGAGCUCGGGGAUGACACAGGAGCUGCUCAAGUGCAGUGCGCCCUGGCUCUUCGUGCAGCAGAUCCUGGAGGAACACGGCAGGGAGAUGACCGCCCGGGCUGAGCAGCUGGAGGCCGAGGAGUGGGCCCGGGGUGUGGGCCAGUGUGUGCGGCCAAGGCUGCAGGAGGACGUGCUGAGGGCCUCAGCCGAGGAGCAGAGGGAGCUGAGAUGCUGGGAGCACGCUGUCUUCACGCAGCUCUGUGUGGCACCCAGCUCCCUGUCCGAGGAAGAGCUGCUCAGAAUGAACCAGGAGGCACAGGGCUGCUUUACCCAGAUAGACCGAAGUGUGGCCCUGCCCAAAAUCCGGGCCCGGGUCCUGCUGCAUCAUUGCCAGGCUGCCUGGCGGGAAGCAGAGUUCCAGAAACUGGACCAGGCCCUCGCCGCCCCUGAGCUGCAGCAGCCGUCUAGAGGGAAGAAGCAGCGAGCCAAGGGGAGGAGCAGGGCAGACCUUUUGAGAAAGUGCCUGGAAGACAAGAUUCGCCUGCUGGAGGGACAAGGCCCUGAAGACCUGAUGGAGGAGGUCCGGGAGGAGCUGCUCCAGGAGAGAGUCCAGCAACUGGAGGCCCUGGAGCAGAGCUUCGCUGAGUCUCUCGCAUCCCUGCAGUUCCAGAAGGUGGUCAGGAGGGCGAGGACGCUGUCUGCCUACACUGCCCUUCUCAGCAUCCAGGACCUGCUGCUGGAGGAGCUGAGUGAGACCGAGACAUUGACUGCGGUGGCCUGUGCCCAGAUCCUGGGCUCCCACACCCCGGAGCUUCAGGAGUUGGAGAGGAAGCUGGAGGAGCACAUGGGCCUUCAGGAGGCAGCCGGGCAGCAGCAGGCCCUGGCAAGCCGGCAGCAGUGGGCAGCUGAGGGACCCGGACCCCUGACUGAGCCUGUGGAGGUGGCUUCUGAGGGGCAAGUGUCCACUGUCCUGAGGAACGCUCUGGGCAAGGGCCCGAGGAUCCUGGAGCAGCACCAACAGAGGCUGAGAGAAGAGCGAAAGAACAGCGUCCUGCUCGAGGAUUUGCUGGAAACUAUGGAGAAUGAUACCUUCAUGACCCUGUAUGGCCAGGAGCUGAGGCUGGCUUCUUACCUCACCCAGCUGGCGGUGGUCCCAGGGCCCACGCUGCACCGGCUCCUGAGUGUGGUCCAGCCCACGGUCCCCCAGCCCGAGCUGCUCUCUGCACUGGACGUGGUCAGCGAGAAGUAUGCGGACCUGUCGGCCGCAGAGGGGAGCGACAGCGGCGGGGAGCAGGCCGAUGCGGGCAGGCAGAGGUGA